ACUAUUUUAAGUACUGUGAGGAAUCCAGAGACAAACAAGAAGCAUCCCUAAGGAGGAGCCUGAAGAGAACCAGCAUCCAUAUAAGGAUUAUCAAAAUGAGUGACAACAUUAAACAUUUGGCCCCUCCUGCUUCAAACCAGGGUCCUACCACUCCACGCAAAGGGCCCCCCAAGUUCAAGCAGAGGCAGACUCGCCAAUUCAAAAGCAAACCACCUAAGAAAGGUGUGAAAGGGUUUGGAGAUGACAUUCCAGGCAUGGAGGGACUAGGAACAGAUAUCACAGUGAUCUGUCCCUGGGAGGCCUUCAGUCACCUGGAAUUGCAUGAGCUCGCCCAGUUUGGGAUCAUCUGAAGCACCAGAGAUUCUGCUAUUCUCAAUAGCAUCUUCUGUAACUUUAGUCAUUGCUCAGCCAGUCUUAACAUUCAGCUGUUCGGAAAUGGUUUUUUUGGCUUACAUAAUCGUUUUCCUUAAGUUACUAAGAUUUCUCUUGAGGUCAGACUCUUUCUUGUAGUGGUAGAAAAUAGUGGAUGAAAAUUGACUUCUGUUAGGGCAUUUCAAACUUAUCCUAUCAACUGGUUAGAAGUCAUCAGUA